AUGGAAAGAUUUCUUUUAAACGAAGAACUUGACACAGUUAGGAUUGCUACUGCCUUAUAUAAGAGGGUUUUGACAAAUGGAUGGACCGGUGAUAAAGAUAUAGAGGUUAAUAAUUUUAUAGAGACGUUGAAUAGAAUAAUAAACGAAAAUACUAUUGAGAUUGAGCGCUUAGAAAAAUUCCAGAAUUGGGGCGAUGGUUUAGAAUUAGAACAAAAGGUAAUAUCGGCGUUCGAAGAUAUAAGAACUUUACUGAAAAUGCAGAGCUCGGGUGAAGAUAGAACGUCUUGGGUUAGUCGAGUAGAAGACAAUGUCAAGAUGGUCAUUCGUAAUGUGCAAUCGGCAAUGAAAAAAUGUUCUGGACUGCAAUACAAGAUGUGGGAAAAUGUGAAAAAUGAAUUAGCAAAAUUGGAUUUGAGUAAAUUAGGGUACGAUCACCCAGUAUGUUCUGGAAUUUUGGACUGCGAAUCUGAACCUAUAUCCACGUUAUUGCCGGAGCUUCGUACUGUGUUACAGUAUCUGCUUGAUUCAUCGGAAAAGUUAGAAGCAAUCACUACACGGAUUUUUGAAGUAUUGGAUAAACGAAGCUUGGUCAGUGCAUCUCGGGCGGGCGAUUUGAGAUGUGCAAAGAAACCAGAUUAUAUGUUUACGGCAGAAAUAAGUGACGUAGAGGUUGAAUUAUUAUAUUGCGAAACUGGUCGUCCGAAAUCUCCACACGCGAAACAGCUAGAGGAUCAUAGAAAAUUAGCAGGACUCUCUAAGGAUUCGAUUGAAAAAACCAGAUCAGAACUUAAAGCAUCACUAAAAAAGUCGACAUUGAGUGAACAUUUGUCUCUAUACGGUUAA